UUCUGAGCAUGCGCACAACCUCGGAGCGCAACAAACUUGUGUCGCAGUCAUCAAAUUAACUCACUUCAAAAUCAAAUUGUCACGAAAACCACCAAACGUGAAUGAUUUGAAAAAUAGAUACAAAUAUAUUUUUUAAAAGCACACAAUCAUUGCAAACUCGACGCAAUUCUGUUGCUGGGAUACAAGGAAUGCCCUCUCGGCUCCAAACAAGCUUGCAGAGAAAAAAAGGUGACCAACCAACCCAAAUCGAGCAUGCCAUUCCCGAAAGCAGUUGGAAGCAAUCCGUCCCGUUCAGCCGCGCUGCAAAAUAAGUCAAGCAAAUGCGGAACGCGCGCGACGCUUUUCUCCGUCAACGGAGACGAAUACACCGGCGCGUGGCUCAACAACAACAAGCACGGGAGGGGCAUUCAGGUGUGGAAGAAGUCCGGGACCCUUUACAAUGGCGAGUGGAAGAUGGGAAAACGCCACGGAUACGGCACCUGCAGUGUACUCGGAGCGAACGCCCAAAAGUACUGCGGUCAAUGGGCAAACGGGAAGAAGCAUGGUCACGGUAUUUACUUUUACGACAAUUGCGCGACGUACGAGGGCCAGUGGAGCGAGGGCCAGCGGAGCGGUUGGGGGAGGAUGUUCUUUGACGACGGCGACGUCUACGAGGGAGAGUGGAUGAAGGAUAAGGAGCAUGGACUCGGCAUCCGUCGCUAUGCAAACGGCAACUGGUACGAAGGUUCCUGGAGAGAGGGCAAGAAAAGCGGCAUGGGGAAAUUGUUCUACUGUGACAAAGGGCAGCUGUACCGGGGCCUCUGGGUGCGAGGGGAACCCAGAUGCGGGACCGUGGAGGACUUGCGGCCCGCAAACUGUCCCAUUCCACAGGUCAAACUAGUGGAUGUGCAGAUGGUUCUGCAAGAAGCCCAGCGGGCUUACUUUGAUUGUUGAGGUCUGAAAGAAACUUUGGUUCCAAAACAAAUUCAACUCAUUUGUAUGAUUUUCCUAAGAGGCACUGGAGUGGCUACUUUAUUUUUCCCGGUGCUCAAAAUCAGCCGGAAGACAUUUCCAGUCGCUUGGACACACUAACACUAUCAGACUGUUACACAUUUGGAGGGGGAAAAAAAA